AUGGUUAGAGGGACAAUGGACGCAUUGCAAUCUUUAAGAGACAUGGGGUUUGCUAGUAUUUUGCCAAAUGUAUCCUCUUUUUGUCAAACACACAAUAUUGCUACUUUGGAAAUGGAGGAUUUUUAUGUUGGUGCGAGAAACCGUACGACCACAAAGACCAGUAGAUUUCAUUUUGAGGUUGAAAUCUUCAACACGGUGAUGGAUAUGGAACUUACAGAAUAUCGAGAUCGAUUUAGUGAAACAAGCACCCAGUUACUAGAAUACAUGGGUGCUUUGAGCACUUGUGAUUCAUUUGCACAAUUUGACAAAUCAAAGUUGUUGAAGUUGGCUAAGUUGUACAAAUAUGACUUUGAUGAUUCGGAUUUGAUAGACCUUGAAGGACAACUUGAGAUUUUUAUCACUCUUGCAUUAAAGAUGAGCGUUUUACCACUUUGA